GCCCCGGCCACGCCCCGGGCUGCGGCGAGCGUCACGGCCUGCGCGAGCUCUCGGCCCGCGAACCGCCGGCGGAGGAGCCCGGUCCAGCACGCCGGCACCGGGAGGCAGCGCUUCAAGCCAGGUUCUCGCGACGCCACCAAAGCGGCCGGGGGCGCCUCCCUGUCCUCGCAGCCGGCCGAGUCCGGGACGCCGCGCAGUAUGGGCAGAUGCUGCUUCUACGCGGCGGGGACGCUGUCUCUACUGCUGCUGGUGGCCAGCGUCACGCUGCUCGUGGCCCGGGUCUUCCAGAAGGCUAUGGACCGGGCGGUGGAGCAGCGCGUGGUGUUGCGGAACGGAACUGAGGUCUUUCACUCCUGGGAGAACCCUCCGCUGCCCGUAUACACCCAGUUCUACUUCUUCAACGUCACCAACCCAGAGGAGAUCCUCCGCGGGGAGCGCCCUCUGCUGGAGGAAGUGGGGCCCUACACCUACAGGGAAAUCAGAAACAAGGCAAAUAUUCAAUUUGGAGAUAAUGGAACAACAAUAUCUGCUGUUAGCAACAAGGCUUAUGUUUUUGAACGAAACCAAUCUGUUGGAGACCCUGAAGUUGAUUUAAUUAGAACAUUAAAUAUUCCUGCUUUGAUGGCCAUGGAGUGGACGCAGAACCCCCUGCUCCAGGACAUCAUCAAGGCUGUGCUCAAGACCUACAACCAGAAACUCUUCGCCACACAUACUGUGCAUGAGCUGCUCUGGGGCUACAAGGACCAGCUCCUGUCGCUCGUCCAUGUGUUCAGACCCAACAUCUCCUCCUCUUUUGGCCUGUUCUAUGAGAAAAAUGGGACUAAUGAUGGAGAUUAUGUUUUCCUAACUGGAGAAGACAGUUAUCUUAACUUUACAAAGAUUGUGGAGUGGAAUGGAAAAACGUCACUUGACUGGUGGGCAACAGACAAGUGCAAUAUGAUUAAUGGGACAGAUGGAGAUUCUUUUCACCCACUAGUAACUGAAGAUGAAGUGCUUUAUGUCUUCCCAUCUGACUUCUGCAGGUCUGUGUAUAUAACUUUCAGUGACUAUGAGAGAGUAGAGGGGCUGCCUGCCUUUCGGUAUAAGGUGCCUGCAGAAAUACUAGCCAAUACCUCAGAAAAUGCUGGCUUCUGCCUCCCUAAAGGCAACUGCCUGGGCUCUGGAGUGCUGAAUGUCAGCAUCUGCAAGAAUGGUGCGCCCAUUAUUAUGUCUUUCCCACACUUUUACCAAGCAGAUGAGAGGUUUAUUUCUGCCAUACAAGGCCUGCAUCCAAAUAAGGAGGAUCACGAGACUUUUGUGGACAUUAAUCCUUUGACUGGAAUUAUCCUAAGAGCAGCGAAGAGGUUCCAAAUCAACAUUUAUGUCCAAAAGUUAGAUGACUUCAUUGAAACAGGAGACAUUAGAACCAUGGUUUUCCCAGUGAUGUAUCUCAACGAGAGUGUUCUCAUUGAUAAAGAGACUGCAAGGCGACUUAAGUCUGUGAUUAAUACUACUCUGAUUAUCACCAAUAUACCCUACAUCAUCAUGGCACUGGGCGUCCUAUUUGGUUUGAUUUUUACCUGGCUUGCGUGCCGAGGACAGCAAUCUAUGGAUGAGGGAACAGCAGAUGAAAGAGCCCCCCUCAUAAGAACUUAAUCAUCGUCCCCACUCAGUGAAAUGAUGUGUGCGCUGUCCCGAGCUGGACUACGGCAGGGCCCAUGUCCACACAGGCUCUGUACGCGUUAAGAGGAGGGAAGAAGAUGGUGCCAGCAGGUGCUGAGAGGAGUGUUCUGGCCAGACGGUAAUGGACAGGCUGCCAUUAUGCUUCAUAAAAUCAUGUGGUUUCUAAGACUGACUUUUCAUGUGUCUAGCAAGUAUUUAAUAAACUUGUAUAGUAAUUUUUUUUGGGGGGGAGACUGGGUUCUGGUGGCUAUGGAAGUUUGUAACCAUUUCUGUCAAUUUGUCACUGCAUCACUUGUUAACACUCUCUGGUCUAACCUUAGUUAGUGUGCUUCAUUCACCAAGUUGUGUGCUCCAAGUACAUAUGUACCACUUUAUGUUGUACUUCUUAUUUCUCUCCCUAAACAGAAGUUAACAGUUUGGAACCCAGGGUAAAAUGGUAAACCUACCUGAUACAGGACUCAAAUGCAUUUGAUUUUUUCUUUUAAAAUAGUAUAUACUGCAUCUCAUGCUAACCUAUUCAUAACACCUCCAGGAAAAUAACUUGGUCUUCUGACUACUUUUAUACUGGGUAGGAAUCAAGUAGGGGUUUGGGGAGAUGGCUCAGCAGCAUAAGUGCCUGCCUGGCAGCACAUGGUCCUGAGUUCAAUUCCACCCCCCAGGAAAAAAAAAUUCAAUGAGAGGAAUCAAGCAGGGAAGGGACUGAGUGAGGUAGUAUACAUGAGUGGACAGUGAUAAGUGCUGUAAGAUUUUUUAAGUUGUAUUUUUGUGAACCAAGAGAAUGUGUAAAUAAUGUUGGUAGGGAUAAGUACAGACAUUUUAACAUAUCUUAGUAACUGUUAUUCUUUAGUCAAAAUUAUUUUGAUAUGUAAAAUUUUCUGGGAGAAUGUAAUCAGUGAUUUUUGCCCAGUCACCCCUGCCAAAUAAGAUUCAUAUUAAUACGAUUGAAUGGUUAUUUGUAAAAUUAUGACUUUUGGAAAUCUAUUCAUUCACAACCCAAGUUACACAUUUCAGAAAAUCUAGAGCAGACAGAUAUUUCUUCUGGGGCGGUCUUCUUGGUAACUUUGAAACUGUCUUAUAAUCUUUCCUGAGACUCAAUGCUUGCCAGUGUUUCAUGGUUCAUUGUCACUGAGAAAAAUGUGCCAUUUCCCAUGACAAUCAUUUUUCUGACAGGAUGGUAUUUCAGGUACUGCACAGAAAGUACUUUAAAGAAAAAUCUCUUGCAGUGUAAUCAAAGGCAAAAGAAUAGGCAAAACCACUGUUAUGUUAUAGAGUUCAGAAUUCAGCCUGAAUUAAGAGCAUAGCAUUUGAUUCUCAAAGUUCCAUACUGAUUUUUACUGAAAAGCCGAGUUUCCUGGAAAAGAGCUUACAAAAUUUCCUGACUCAAUUAUUCCAAUAGAUUU